AUGAACAUUACAGGAACAUCGUCCAGGCAGCCCACUCGGGCCCCUUGGACACGGGAACGCCUAGUGCAUGAACGUUCCAUUGCACUCGGCUUCGCACUUGAAUCGUCUACACGGGCGAGUUAUUCUAGCGCCCUCCACUCUUACUUAUACUUCUGCCGCAUACACAACUUUGCCAUCCAGCCCACACCCGAUACGUUCAGUUUUUAUGUGGUAUUCAUGUGCCAUCACAUUCGCCCUAAAUCCGUUGACUCCUACCUUUCGGGGAUUUGCAGCGAACUGGAACCCUUUUUCCCCGAUGUCCGUACUGUCCGCCGUUCAUCCCUGGCCAUCGCAACCGUCCGCAAGCUGCCCCUCACACGCGCACAGCUUCGCUCCUCCCGCUACCACUACCACCUCUCCUCCUCGCAUGACGACAAACUCUUCCUGGCCAUCUUGUUCACUGCAUUCAACGGCCUCUUGCGUAUUGGAGAACUCGUUUGGCCUGACCGUCAAUACCUUCAGGACUGGAGGAAGGUCAUCAUGCGGCACUCGGUGACGACCUACACGCGCGGGUACGAGUUCCUGCUACCCGCCCACAAAGCCGACCGUGCCACGGCUCUCGCUGCUGAAGGUGUACCUCCCGACCUCAUUCAAGCCGCAGGUCGUUGGUCCUCCGACACUUUUCGUAUCUACAUCCGCAAGAACCCGACACUACUAGCUUCGCUAAUCCUCGGGCGCCCUGCUAUGAACGAAGAUUAA